AUGGGCGAGGAAGACCAGGAAGCUACGCCGCCACCGGCUGUCGAUUCAGGAGACAAGUUGACCCCCUCAGAGUCUGCAAACGAGACAACGACAUCAGAGCCCACAGAAGCGGAUUCUCCCGCUUCUGCAGAAUCACCACAAGAUGAGCCACAGCCUGCAGCAUCGGCGCCUGCAGAACCCAAGACGGCCGAGUCUUCAUCAGAGCCACCAGAGCCAUCAGAUGCGACACCAGAGUCGUCAGAGCCUGAAAAAUAUACUCCAUCCUCAGAGCCGUCUGUGCCAGCAACAGUAGUAGAUGAAGUAGCACCAGAAUCUUCCACCCAACAAAAUAUUGGAACAGACACGAAAAACACAGUCUUCCCGUGUAUAGAACAACCACUGCGAGUGACUCUACACUGCAAUGGAUAUUAUUUGUGGGGGCUGAAAAAUGGUCGUGUAAUCGCUCGGAAAAAACGAUCUUCGAAAGACGAAUUUCGCUUAAAAUACAAAAAUGACGGAGCCUUGGUGGAAAUCGUCAACCAUAAAUUUAGAGGAACUCUCAGUGUGAUGGUGGGGGAAGAUGACAAUUCUCGGAAAGUUGUAUGUGUCAAAGACGAGGACGAAGAAGAGGAAAAGAAGAAGGAGUCCAAUGACGAAUCAAAAAAUGACAACAAUGCUACCACCAAUGGAACUAGUGCCACGGAAGCAGAUCCCGAUGAAGAGGAAGAAGAUUUCCAGGAUGAACCUGCCAUUUCCAAUUCGGAGAUUUCUGAGAUUGAUCGCCAGUGGUGUUUUGUCAAGGGCACUCACGGUCGCAACGAAGUUUUGUUGAAGUCUCUUCGGACUGGAGAAAAUCUGGGCGUUGAUACAAAUGGCAAUAUUGUCUUUGCAGCGUCGGACAAUCCAGAUGAUGAUCCUACAAAAACCAUUACUUGGGAUAUUGAAUGCGUGACUGGUGAGUUGUGCUUCAUUUCCAAUCCCACACUCGACACUCGGAUUCGGUGUGACAUGGCCGGGCUCAUGUCACUGACCGAUUCUUGGAAAGGAUGGGAAGUCUUUCGGCUUAUGGAGGCCAGCCAUGGUUAUGUCAAAAUUUCCAGUUGGAUGCAUAGUCAAUGGUUGCUCUGCAGUAAUGCAGAUGGAACUGUGUCAACCUGCAGCCACGCCGAAUCUUUCUUGGAAAACAAUUCUAAGGGUUGUCCCAAAUGGGCCAUUGAAAAAGCACCCGACAAUGGUGGCGAUGGUCCCAAGGGUGUAAUUAUCCGAAACAAGACACAUGGAAGACUUCUCAGUGUCCACGAAGGAUUCUUGAAGACGUAUGAUCCUGCUGAGAGUAUCCCUGAGAUGUUUGGCAACUCUGCGACGAGCAGUGCAGUGCAACAACCCACAACUGAGGAUUCUGGAAACGGCGCCAAAAAGUGGUGGAACAGUAGUGUCAAGACCAUGAACAACAAUAUGAGGAACAGUGUGAAGAGUAUGCAAAAGCGGUUCAGCAGUGCCAGUGUCAAAACAGAAUCCGGAGAGCAAAUCUUUUUGCCCCAGAAAGAUACUACAGUAUGGCAGCUAGAGGCGGCCCACUCGCAAACCUACUAUCUACUCAGCGCCGUUGAAGGAGAGCCUCCAAGAUCGAUUGGACAGUUCCCAGAAGUCACGGCCAAUCUGAGGCAAACUGACAAGAUCCAGUUGGUACGGGAGGAAACCGGCAUCACCAAACUCUUCCUGACAGAAAAGAAACAAUUUAUUUCCUGCAAUGCAGAUGGCAACAUUGACCUCGUCAACAGUGCAGAAGACUUGAGCGUUGAGUGGAUCAUGGAAAAGCCUUCCUACCAGGAGGGUGGAAGUGUCUUUCGAUCCAAGCACCAUAAUCUAUAUCUUUCGUAUGAAGACACAGCCAAAGAUGUGGAAAACGAAGGUGAAAACGACAAUGCGGACGGACAUUUCAGCAAGCUAUUUGGAGGCAACAAGGAGAACGUGGGACUGCUGGUCGGUAUCGAGACUAUGGGAGAGCGAGAGAUUUGGAGGCUGGAACCCUGCAUGCCGCGAGCAGUCAGUUCGGAAAAACUCAAAACCUUUGCACUGGGAACAUCGAUUGCUGUAGGCACUACCAUUGCCAUGCCAUUUGCCCUGGCUGGUGUGGGUGCUGUUCUGGGUGCUGUUGGAGCCGAAGUGGGCGUUGUAGCCAAUGUUAUCUUUGCUGGUUUGACUGGAGCCGAAGCGCUAGCCUCUGUUGGUGCCAUUGGAGCAACAGCAUACAUUUGUUUCCGCCCAGAAGAGAACAGUUUGACAGAUGACCACAAGAAUGAUGAAGAGGAGGCGGCAGAACGUGCCUGGUCCAAGCGACCAUUCAGCAACUGGAGGAACUGGUAG